AUGAAAAUGUACUUCAAAAUGGCAUCAGCUAAUGAGCCUCAUUAUGGAAACAGAGACUCUGUGGAACAGAACUUUGAUUACAUGUUCAAGAUCCUGAUCAUCGGGAACAGCAGCGUGGGAAAGACCAGCUUCCUGUUCCGCUAUGCUGAUGAAUCGUUCACGCCAGCGUUCGUCAGCACAGUCGGUAUCGACUUCAAAGUCAAAACCAUCUACAGGAAUGACAAGAGGAUCAAACUGCAGAUUUGGGACACAGCUGGUCAGGAGCGGUACAGAACGAUCACUACAGCGUAUUACAGAGGAGCGAUGGGCUUCAUCCUGAUGUAUGACAUCACUAACGAGGAGUCAUUCAGCGCUGUUCAGGACUGGUCCACUCAGAUUAAGACGUACUCAUGGGAAAAUGCUCAGGUGCUGUUAGUGGGAAAUAAGUGUGAUCUGGAGGACGAGAGAGUCAUCACUGUGGACCGAGGGAGAGAACUGUCACAGCAACUCGGUCUGGGGUUUUUGGAGACGAGCGCAAAGGCAAAUGUGAACGUGAAGCAAACGUUUGAGUGUUUAGUGGAUGUAAUCUGUGAGAGAAUGAAGGAGAAUCCAGAUGCACUGACAAACAGCAGCAUUCCUCAGGGGGCAGAUCUGAACAAACAACCACAACGCUCACACAAAGACUGUGCAUGCUGA